AUGUUCAAAGGCAGUGUGAAUCCUAGUAGAUUGCGCAUUAAAGUAGCUGGCGAAGAGGUCCUCGAGAAACAACUGCCAGGACAGCCGUACACGUUUGCGGAUCACAAAGAUUGUAAUAAAAGAUCUAAGAUGGCAGAAGAUACUUCGAAAGAUCAGCAUGCGUCUUACGGCUCGGCUCCGUUUUCCGCUCCUGUGAAUUCACUGGUCUUCAGUGAACCCGUUUGUAUAUUUUGUGGUAUGGGAAGCAAAGUCAAAUUUGGUCAAGGUGAUCUCGCACGUUUUCACACUCUGGAAGAAGUAUCUGAUCCACCGGCGUGGUUUAAUGAUCUCAGAAAGUCUUUGCUCGAGAAACAGGAACGAGCUCAAAUAAAUUUUCAAGGUACUCGACCGCUGCAUGGUUCCCGACGAGGCCAUCACGGUAUCACACAAAUUGCUUCCUGGUCUCCGUUACUUACGGAUGGCUCCAAUCUAUUUGUUGGUCCGCAUUUGUCGCUUGAUGGUGCGCGACGAAUUAAAGAACAAAAGAGUUUGAGGUAA